GUUAGUAACCGCCCACAAAGUUACUCAGCCAGGUGACAGCUGAGCCAGCAGAGACUCAACACGGCUCCACUCUACGCAACGCAGCACAACAGACAACAUAACGACAUCUGUCAGCGCCAAAUCAAAGUGGGGGACACACCGACAGUUACGCCAUUGUUGUUUUUACUUUCUGUUUUUACACUAACGUAAUUUAAAAGCCUCUCUUCCGGCUCGUUGUUGCACAGUAGUUAGCUAGCAGCGCGAGGAUAUCACUAACGUUAGCUUCUCUGACGUUUGGACCCAACGGUCACCGUCGACAUGUCGGACCCGGCCGGUGAGGCGAAGCUGGAGCUGAAACAGGCGAGCAAGGAGGUGAAAGAAAGUGAGAAUGUGGCGGAGAAAUAUUCUGCUAUGACCGUGAGCAAGAACAGCGAAAUGAACAUGGGGGAGCUGUCGUCCGCCUUCAGCGCUGUGCCCACCCACAAACCAGUUAAGAAGCAAAUCCAGUUUGUGGAGGACAAGCAGGAGUUCAGCAGGUUCCCCACCAAGGCCGGCCGACGCUCCCUGUCCCGCUCCAUCUCUCAGUCAUCCACAGACAGCUACAGCUCCGCUGCGUCCUACACAGAUAGCUCUGACGAUGAGACCUCACCACGGGAUAAAACUCAGGUCAACUCCAAAGGCAGCAGCGACUUCUGUGUCAAGAGCAUCAAACAGGCUGAAUUUGGCAGACGUGAGAUUGAGAUCGCAGAGCAAGACAUGUCAGCGCUGAUCUCACUCAGGAAGAGGGCACAGAGUGAGAAACCAUUGGCUGGUGCCAAAAUUGUGGGCUGCACUCACAUCACUGCCCAGACUGCAGUGCUGAUUGAGACUUUGGUGGCUCUCGGGGCUCAGUGUCGCUGGACUGCAUGUAACAUAUACUCUACACAGAAUGAAGUGGCUGCUGCCCUCACAGAGACUGGCGUGGCUGUGUAUGCCUGGAAAGGGGAGUCUGAGGAUGAUUUCUGGUGGUGUAUCGAUCGCUGUGUCAACAAUGAGGGUUGGCAGCCGAACAUGAUCCUUGAUGAUGGAGGAGACUUGACACACUGGAUGUACAAGAAAUACCCCAAUGUAUUUAAGAAGAUCAGGGGCAUUGUAGAGGAGAGUGUCACUGGGGUUCACAGGUUGUAUCAGCUGUCUAAAGCUGGGAAACUGUGUGUACCAGCUAUGAAUGUAAAUGACUCCGUGACAAAGCAGAAGUUUGACAACCUUUACUGCUGCAGAGAGUCGAUCUUGGACGGCUUGAAGAGAACCACAGAUGUCAUGUUUGGAGGCAAACAGGUGGUCGUAUGUGGGUACGGUGAGGUUGGAAAAGGUUGUUGUGCUGCUCUGAAAGCUCUGGGAGCCAUCGUCUAUGUUACAGAGAUUGAUCCCAUCUGUGCCCUGCAGGCCUGCAUGGACGGAUUCAGGGUGGUGAAGCUAAAUGAGGUCAUACGCCAUGUUGAUAUCAUCAUCACAUGCACUGGGAACAAGAAUGUGGUGACCAGAGAUCAGCUGGACCGAAUGAAAAAUGGCUCUAUUGUCUGCAACAUGGGCCACUCCAAUACUGAGAUUGAUGUGGCAAGUCUUCGGACCCCUGAGCUGACCUGGGAGAGAGUGCGCUCUCAGGUGGAUCACGUCAUUUGGCCUGAUGGCAAGAGGGUCAUCCUUCUGGCCGAGGGUCGUCUCCUUAACCUCAGCUGCUCCACUGUCCCCACCUUUGUCUUGUCCAUCACAGCCACCACUCAGGCCCUGGCCCUUAUAGAGCUGUACAACGCUCCAGAGGGACGAUACAAGCAGGAUGUUUACUUGCUUCCCAAGAAGAUGGAUGAAUAUGUUGCCAGUCUGCACCUGACCACGUUUGAUGCCCACCUGACGGAAUUGUCUGAUGAGCAGGCAAAAUACCUGGGCCUGAAUAAGAACGGCCCUUUUAAACCCAACUACUACAGGUAUUAGUCUGCAAGGGAACCACACCUCAGCACACCUAAAUGUGAACGCUACCAAACAUCACCUAUCCCUAAGACAACAUAGAUUUAUGUAUAUUGUUUUUUAUACUCUUCACAGGAUGCACAGCUUAUAUUUAGUUGUAUUUUACUGACCACAGCAAGUUUUGCUUCACUUGCUGCUUCCUACAGAAGUUCACACGGUACCCAGCUGGCUGUGAAAGGUCAGCCUAACCUCAGCACUUAUAUCUGCUGUUUAGUGAGAUUUUUAUUCUCUAGUGCGUCUGUUUCUAUACCUGCUGGCUCCUGGGUUAUUUUAGAGUUCUGAUAGAUAUUGAAUAAUGUAUCAAUAUAUUGUGCCAAAUGACUGUGACGGGGAAAGGUUGCAGUUGUUGUAAAAUGCUGGUGGUUUGUUGUGAAAUCAGUUAAACUUGCAUUAAGUGAUACUUUUGAUAUAAGUGUAUUAAAUUCCUCCAGUUAUUGGUUGAAAUUCCAAACGCAUCAAACUUAAGCUCACUGAGCUUUCUAGCUGCUGUUCGCCCCUUGGUUUGGCUCUCUCCUCAACCUCUUGUAUGGAACUGUUGGCAGCCAUUUACAGGAAAAAAAAGCUGAGACAAGCAUUAAAUAAAACCAAAAAAAAAAAGCUGAUGUAAACUCCUGGCUGGUGAAGAAAGUCACGCUCCAAAUGUUUUUCUCAGGAGAAGGUGAAUAAAGCUGCAUUAAAUUUGUCAGGUGGCCUGAAAUUUGACUCCUGUGUGUCCGCUGGAUGUUUGUGUAGGCAAUUAGUUGCUGACAAAUGAGCCAUAACAGUUUGAUAAUCUGAUUACAGAUCAGGGUUGUGUUUCUGUGUGUUUCUCUGCCCCACAUGUAAACAAAAAAUCACUUAAUGCAGCUUUAAAGUUUUCUUUUGCUUCAAUGCGGCAGCGCUCACUUACUUCAUACAUUCCAUCCACAACAUACAGAAGAAAUGUCCUGUUCUCUGUAGUAUCAUCCACAUUACUCUUAACCUUAAGCAGAUCUGGGAUAAAAAAGGCACUUUUUGACUUUAACAAACACAAGUAGAGACCUUGGUGUUUAUUUUCUUGAAAAGAUGUGUCCAUUUAUGGGGUUUCAGUGUCUGGUAAGAUUAGUAUCUGCACCUCAGGGCAUUCAGAUAUCUCAAAUUAUUUGUAAAUAUAUUUUUACAGGAUCAGCGCUGUCUGACCUUGGUGUCCACGUCUAGUCUCACUGUCAUUCUCGUGAAACAAUGAAUUACAGUAGAUCUGUAAAAUAGGUUAAGAGAUUUUGAUAUUCUAUGAUCACCUAUCCAGAGUCAAUUGACUACUGCAACUGUGUAUUUUCUGUGUAAAGCUAAAAUAAGCCACAGAUACAUGUUGAACAAUGUUACGUACAGUGUGGUUCUCCUGCAUGCUUAGCAUAUGGGAGAGGUUUCAAUUGGUUGCAAUUUUCCAGCCUCACCACUAGAUGGCACUAAAUCCUGCACACUAGACCUUUAAUUAGGGGAUGUCUGUUUUUCUGAAAUCCACAAAUGCUCUGGGCUCAGACAUGGAUGAGCUUUGCUGUCAGUACAUUUUGCGUAGACACUCGUUUUAGCUUUACCCUCUGUUUUAUUUUUGCUGUAUUGCAUCAUUCUUAUAGCUUUUCCAAUAACAUUUUUUCUGAUGCUUUUUUAUCACAUUUUAUCUAAAGGCUUAAGUACAGUUCUGUGAGGCUUGUUAAAUGCACAAACUUAUUAUGCCACUUUUACUUCUCUGUAUUCACUUUUAGUAUUUCUUUUUAUUAGUGGGCACUUUCAAUGACUUAGUUGGGUGAUUCUCUUUUAAUUCAUACUAAAUAGUGUACAGGUAGUAGUUGUGUGUUGCUAAAUUUAAAGCUCUUCAACACAUUUUAACAUGCUGUAUAUCAUUCUAUCUGUGGGCUGAUGUUGUGUCAAGCAGUUGACAGUAUCACUGUCCCUGCUGAGGGUUCGGCGCCAUUUACCUUGUUAAGAUGUUGCUCCACAUGUAUUAACUCAGUAUUCUGUUGCAUCACCCUUUGCAAAACUAUGCGUAGAGUUACAGGUAUUUCCUGUGUUUCAUUUUUGCAGUAAUUUUAUGUCUUUUUUAAUGAUUUAUGUAGUAGCCUGCAAGAUGCUACUAUGAAGUGCUUUCAUCUUUGCACUAGCAGCUUUAAAGGCAUCAGAGCCAAGGACAUUCAGUGAAGACAUCAUUGUCAGCAAGAUGAGCGCUGUAACCAUGGUUACUGGUCGGUUGACAGUGCCUUGUGAUUCACUUAGUAAUUUGUAUUCACAUGUACAGCUGUGUGUUUCUCCCAGGACGGUAUUGUGCGCAACAUGGUUGUUAAUUCUGCAAUAUACAGUGAUAGCUAUGCAGCAAAACAUACUCAGUUUUCUUCUGUCAAAGGUAUUUUACUUCUGCAAUGGUGGAGAGUUGUUCAAUCAGUGUUUCACAUUACUAAAAAAAAAAUAUGCAUAAUUGUAAGAUGACGAGUGGGCAACAUUUUACAUUCUGUUGUACUUUUUACAUUGCUUUUUAAUGUAAAUGUUUCAUCCCAGUUUCAUUUCUAGUAAUAAUCAGACAAUUAAGUUACAUACAGUUGUCUUUUCAUAAUAGCACUUACAGAUGCCUUUUAUAAUGAAUUCCUUUUGUUUUAAUUAAUGAUAACAGUCAUUUUAACCUAGUUUUGACUCUACUAUAGAGAUAAAUGAAUGUGUUAUUUCUGGAGCAUACGGUUUUACUCUUGUCAGUUGAAAUAAAUAAGCAUACCACUGUGAUUUUACAGUUGUUGUCGCUGGUUUGGAGUUUUUGAUGUGGAGAUGAAGUUCUGUAAAUUAUUAGCUAUAAAGUAGGCCUAUAUUUUCAGCACUUUCUGUAGUUUAGCUUGAAGAAUAUCAUAUUGGCACCCUGUUAAAUUUCUGUGCACAGUUCCCUUUAAUAAACUGCUGUUAAAAUUUGAAAA